AUGACAGGAUAUGUCGAUGAUAAUCUCAAAAUUACUACUGCAGAAGGUGUCAUUGAUAAAAAUGGUACUUGCUGGGCAAUUUGGGAUGAUAAUUUAGAUAAAAAUGGUCUGAUGCAUUUUAAUGUCAGCGGCAAAGAAGGUGAAACACCAAUUAAAAUGAUGUACUGCGCAGGCUAUUUAGAAGGCGUUUUAGCACAAACAAGAAUUUAUCAAGCUUAUAUUAAUAAUAUGGAUGCCAUGGGUAUGCAAGAUGGCUUUCCACAAACAAUACGCGAUCAUUACUCAAGUAAUACCAAAUACAUGCAAGAAAUGAUUGAUGCAAAUCCGAAUUCAGACUAUUGGCAAGUAAUUGGCGGAUUCUACAAUCUUGGACAAGGUAUAAUUGAUGGAUAUGCAUCAGUUGCACCCGAAGAUCAAAAGAUCAGCGCAGAAAAUCUAAGAAUUCAUCAAAACUUCCCAGAUAUUUGGGAUAUUAUGACAGCUUUCCAACAGCUCGAUCCGAAAGAUCCUAUUAGAGCCAAAUGCACUGCUGGCAUUCGCUUACUUCCUGAUUAUUCAGAUGUAUUUGUUUAUCACAACGCAUGGUCAGAUUACAGAAACAGUAUUGGAUGUGUUAUCGACUACGACUUCCCAUUACCACAAUUCCAUGCUCGCCAUGUCACUCUUACUACUUUGGCCGGAUUAAUUUCUUCAUUAGACGACUUUUACAUUUCAGAUUCAGGUCUAGUAGUUUUCGAAACAUCCCUUAUGUCCCAAGAUGUACAAAUGCUCAAGAAUUUCAUCAAUCCGAAGUCAUUAUUCUGCGGAUAUCGCUCAAUCUACGCAAUGUUCACUGCUCACAACGGAACAGACUGGACAGAGAAAUUCUUGAUGCAUAACAGUGGUACUUAUAACAACGAUUACUUUAUUACUGAUAUGAAUAAAUUUAUUCGCGGAAAGAAGCCAUCAAAAGACCUUGUAUGGCUUGUAGAGCAAUUACCAUCCGAAAAACAUUAUACUUAUGAUGUUACUGGCAAUCUAACAAAAGAUGGAUUCAUUGCUUCGUUUAAUGUUCCAUUUAGUGAAGAUUUAUACUAUGUCUUGCAGUACGACAAGGUAGAGAACUCAUCUGAAUACUACUUACCAUAUAAAACCCAUCCAAGAUAUUUGAUUUCCGCAAGAGAUCUUCCGACAGUGAAGAAUUUCCAAGAUUUCAAGAAAUUCUCGCGUUACAAUAAUUACAAACGCGAUCCACUCUCACGCGGAGACCCUCUCUUCGCUAUUUCCUCAAGAGAAGAUUUACUUGGAAAAGCUCCAAACGGAGCGUUCAAUCAGAAGGCAGUUAUGGGUUCUAGAGCAUUCACAAAUGGAGAGUUCUCGUUCUGCAACAGUCCAACGAACGAAGAUUUGCCUUCAUUUACUUGGAAUUCCCCGGAUUUCAAAAACGUCAGCCAUAUCGGAAUUCCUGAUACUCUCAACUUCACAUGGAACGAGAUGGGAGCAACAAGAGAUGAUACUUGCCAUAAAAUAACUGAUGCAGACGUUUGCAAGAAAUCUUCUUUCUGCGGAUGGUGCGGAAGGACUAAAAUCUGCAUGGCAGGUAACGAGGAUGGUCCAUUCUACGAGAAAUGCUACAGCGGAUGGCACUCCAAGUACACUUCCUUCAAAUUCUACAUAAUUGGCAUUGUUUUCAUCGUUGUUUUGACUCUUGUAGGUGGAAUUGUCGUUGCUUGGAUCAUUUAUAGACGUUCUCGCUCCAAAUUAAAUGUUAGUGACACUCUUCUUCUCCAACAAAAUUAA